UAAGGAGGAACGAAUCUUAAUUGUGAGGCAUGCUGACAUUGCUCAGCUCUCAGGCUCACCUGCCGGAAGGUAUGUGACGUCACUAAGCCUAAACUCGUUAAAUAGGCCAGUGUGAGCGUGAUAACACUACGGUCUUCUUGUGAGGUUGACUAGAUAGACUACUCUACUUGGAGACAUAGACGACUCUACUUGGAGACUCUAAUAUUUUGGCCAUAUUCUCAUCAUUCUUCUAAAGCGCAAGAACACACUGGAAUGAUGGAGCUUAUCAUCAAAGGUCUGACCGGAGAGCCACAGACUGUGACCGUGACCGUGAGCACCACAGUCGGUGAACUCAAACAACUAAUCGCGCAGCGCUUCCAAGUGCCGCCGUUGCGCCAGAAGCUUUGCAUCAGCAACGGACACACGAUCCACCUGGACAACGACCUCAAAACCGUUAGUGCUUACGGUCUGAGCUCCGGGACCAGUGUGUCGCUGCUGAUCCUGUCGAGACCGGUUCCUUUCCAGGUGUUCAUUAAAAAUGAGAAGGGCCAGACAGAAACUUACGAUGUCACUGAGGACGAGACCGUCGAUUCGCUGCAGAGAAAGAUCUUCAAUAAACAGAGGACCCCGGGGGACCAGCAGAGGCUUAUCUACAGCGGCAGACAGCUGGAAUCUAAAAAGAAGCUGAAGGACUACGACAUCACAUCAGGAAGCACCAUUUAUAUGACUCUGUGUCUCCGUGGAGGAUGAAAACACAGUACCACGAGAGUCACUGUAAACACAGAGUUUGUCAAACAGCAAAUUAUUCUCUGGAUGUGCCAACUGUAAUGUACAUGACACUAUAAUCUGUACUCUGUCUUCUAAGUUAUAAUAAUAAAUCAUUAGCUAUAUUCUA